GUUGUAUGUUGAAGAAGAUAGCAGAAAAACCUACAGAAGAUUUGGUCCAGUUUAAACCUAGUUGUGGCCAGCUGCUGCUUGGAAACCUAUGUUCAGCUGUCACUCUCCAGCAUAGCUUACAGUAAAGAUAUAACCAGUAUGACUAACCAAGGAGACGAUUGUUAUUUUUAUUUCUACUCCACAUGUGCCAAGGGAGAUAGUUGCCCAUUUCGCCACUGUGAAGCUGCUCUGGGGAAUGAAACUGUCUGCACCCUCUGGCAGGAAGGACGAUGUUUCAGGAGUAUAUGCCGGUUUAGACACAUGGAGAUUGAUAAAAAACGUAGUGAGAUUCCCUGCUUUUGGGAGAAUCAACCAGUGGGAUGUCAGAAGUUGAACUGUGCAUUCCACCACAGCAAGGGACGCUUUGUUGAUGGGCUUUUUCUACCUCCAAGUAAAACUAUUCUUCCAAAUGUCACUGAAUUUGUAGAAGAAGAUAUAAAGACGACACAGAUUUCGCUGCAGCAAAAUAAGCUUUCUGUCCAGUCCAAUCCAUCUCCCCAGCUGCGUGGGGUAAUGAAGGUGGAAAACUCUGAAAAUGUCCCUAGCCCUACACAUCCACCUGUUGUAAUUAAUGCUGCGGAUGAUGACGAAGAUGAUGAUGAUCAGUUAUCUGAAGAAGGUGAUGACUCUAAAAUUCCUCUUCAGCAAACCAAUGCAGAGACUCAUAAUGGAUUACGGGUAGUUUCUACUCGGAAAUCAAUGGUUAGCACAAAAAAAGAUGAUAGUUUAAAUUUUGGAAUCAAAACUCUUGAAGAACUCAAGUUAAAAAAACUGAAAGAAAAGACAAAGAAGCAAAGUGACAGCCCCCCUGAAGUUGCUGUCCAAGCCCAGACACUUCCAGGCCCGCAGAAGGAGAAUGUACGAACUGUGGUCAGAACAGUGACAUUAUGUACAAAGCAAGGAGAGGAGCCUCAAAUUCGAUUGACUCUUGCAGAGAGACUAGGAAAACGGAAAACUCCCAUGGUUGCCGAGAGUGGUCUUCCCUUAAAACGCAGCCUUGCUGAAAGACUGGGAAAGAGAAUAGACUCCUUCGACAAUGCUGAGAAAACACCAAAGAGAGUACAAGUUCCCAGAUCUCUUAAAGAGAGACUAGGCUUACCAGCUGAGCAGAACAAUAUGGAAACAGAGCAUGCUGCCAAACCUACAGGUGAAAUCCAUGUGAAAACACUUGAAGAGAUUCGCUUGGAGAAAGCCAACCAAAGAAAAGGAGAAAUUCCACCCAAGGGUGAAGUUUCUUGUACAACAGAUGAUCCUAGUUCAGUGUCAAAAUCCCCCCCUGUGAUCAGGAUCAAAACCUUUUCUGAAGUCCUCGCUGAGAAGAAGCAGCGACAAUUGGAAGAGGAGAGGAUAAAAGCUGAAAAAGAGAGCCUUGGCAAACCAAAGCUUGACAGUGAGUCUCAGAAGCAGGGCUCUUUGGUUUCAGUUGUAUCCAGUAGAAGAAAACUGGAGGAGCCUUCUGGCAAAGCCAAGGACUUCAGGGAGGUGCGCAUCAAAACGCUAGAAGAAAUUAAGCAAGAGAAGGCUCUUCGCAUGCAGCAGAGUGGGGAAAAUGUCUCAAAGACACUCAUGCAACCUGAACGUGCUGUCCCUGGGAAAAGACUGCUCUGCAUAACAAAGCCGACAGCUCCUGGAAGGGACGAAAAGAAGCUUCUGGAGCUGAAGUCCUCUACCAGAACUUCUCCAGCAGAUGCCACUACAAAGCCUUUGGAUGGCAGUGCCAGCGGUUCACAUUCUAAAGUCUAUGUGAAGAGCUUAGAAGAGAUAAGAAAGGAAAAGCAACGGAUAAAACAGCAACAGGAGAGAACCCCCCUUGAGGAACAAGUGACUGUGCCAGCUACUGGGGAAGAACAAGCUGCAGGGAAGGCCCCAGUGACUACAAGCUUUGAGUCCCCAGUGACAAAAGAGAAAAUCCAUCCAGUUACAAAGAGAUUGUUGGCUAGGUCCCAAGAAGCAAUGCCAGAUGAUGUGGAAUCAGAAGAUUUGGGCCUUUCCACUCAGUCUAUGGAAUGCAGAGCUAAAGCCAAAUCCAAGGUGAACAUGAAGCCGUCUGGAGUGCAACCCACAUCUCCAGCAAAGCAGGCAUUGAAGAGGAAAGCAUCAGAGUGUCACCCCACUGCUAUUGUAGCAGUGAAACCUCUGAGCCCCAUCCCAAACACAAGCACAAAGGAACUCCCAUCAGAAAACACGGCUGUGGCAAGUGCUCCAGGUUUUGCAGAGGAUGCCGUAGCCAUUUCUGAGAAAGAGAGUUGUAAAAUCAGAUCUGAGCCAUAUGUGGAUAAUCAGGGAGCCUCCACAUUGCAGGCCGAGACAGUAAGCUCAGCGUCUUCCCAUGUGGCAGUGAAGACACGCAGGCUGAGCUCAACAGGAGCUGGGAAGGCACCCUCCUCAGUUGAAGAUGACUUUGAGAAAUUGAUCUGGGAAAUCUCAGGAGGCAAACUGGAAGCAGAGAUUGAUCUGGAUCCUGGAAAAGAUGAGGAUGACCUCCUGCUAGAACUUUCUGAAAUGAUUGACAGUUGAUUCUCGCACAGUUUAUUUCUUUUGAAAGAAAACUAAAGAUGUAUAUUUUGUUAGGUAAUUGAGACUACCCCUUUCUAGCUGAGGAAGUGUAACAAGUCUUAAAGCACAUUUGAACUGGUUGAAGAAGUUGGCAGUAGCUGCAUUAAAUUGUCCUGAAUUGCUCUGCUGGUCAGAUGGAUGUACUUUCAGAACUCUCCACUUACCAUGAUGCCCACUUAACAAAACCAAGCAUGCUUCAAUUUGGGAAGAUCCAGUGACAUUCAUAAUCCCACAAAGGCUCCAUUUACAUUGCCAGCUCAAUGAUCUUCAAGAAGAUUUUUAUUAAAUUGUUGUAUUUGUUUUCAAGCCAUGUGUGCAAAACUGUUUGUCCAUGUAUUUCAAAGCUUCCUCUUUUUUGUGAUUUUAAGGGUAAUUUCUGUAUUAAUUCUGGAGUUACUAUGUCAACUCUUGAGUUAUUACAAUUAUUUUUUUAUUUGAUCCAAGGUCAGCAGUACUGUUUAAAAUGAUGGGGAGCAUGGACAGUACGUAAUCUUGGACCAAACAUACUCUCAAAGUACAAGUAGGGAUUUGUUCUCUCUUAGUAUUGAAAAUGAAGUAGUAUGUUCAAAUAAAUUCCUGAAGAGUAUUUUAUCCUCCCUGAUCAUCCUGAACCAGCUGGAGUGCUUCCCAUUGGCAAGCAUAAAUUCAUAGAAGUCCCUGUCGUACUAGUAUAUCCCUUCAGCAAGUUGUGAGAGUAUGCAAAAUUAUUCUCAGGUUCUGUUCUCUCAUAGACUGAGAACUGGAUGGCUCACUGUGCUGGCAUUGCUUGGGUCAUCUUCAGCAAAGCUUUGGAAUGCUAUUCUCUCACUGUUGGAGGUCUAGUUCUUGUAUAAGCAACCUCCUCAGCCAAAUCUGUACAGUGGUCUUGAAAUCUGCCCACCUCUGAACUUUCUUGGCACCCAGUGACCAAGUAUUUGUGGCUUGUAUUUGUGGACUGUCUGUGAAUUUUUCAGGGCACUUUCUUACAAACUCAUGUAUUGUGCACCCUAUGGUUUCUGUUCAUUCUUGACUCUGUUUUUACAACCAUGUUAUCCUUCUUAUUGCUAUAUUUUAAUUAGUCCAGUCUGUUUUAAUUUAUGUAAUGGUUUUGGGAUGGGGUGCAAGUUGCAUUUAUGGUUAUAUUCUUAGCACCUCUCCCAAGGGUUGCCUAUUGUAAAUAUAUUCAUUUCUUCAGGGGAAAACCUGUGCUCUGUGAAUUUACUUCAGAUCUUUGCUUCUAGAAGUGAAGGUUGGGGGGGGGAACCUUGUUUUUGAAUUUAUUUAACAAUGGCUGCCAUGAAGAAACUGCUAGUCUAAAUAUUGCUCCAGAGAAGUCAGAACCAAUUAUUUUGAAAUACUGAAAGACUUGCAGUGGGACUUCUGGUUGACUGUGUAUAUGAAACAGUGACUGACAGGCUCUUGAGCCUGUGAAUAAGGCUUUUCUGUGUUUUCGGUAGUACUGUUUGCUUAAGAAGAAAUUGCUGUUUAUUUUCUUCACUUCGAUCCUUUGUAAUCUGAUUGGAUUUUAAGUACUCCAUUCUUUUCUGUAAAUUGCAAUCCUUGUUUUCUAUUGAAAGCAUUAUCUAAAACACACAUUUACCAUAACUUUAAACAGUUCUACAGAUGUAAUUGUGUUUUAAAUAAAGCUAAUGUAAGAAAA